AUGAGGGGCGACAUGAUGAUGAAGGAUAUGAAGAAAGCUGAUAGGCUUAUUAAGAAGGUAUGGGAAGAUAGGUGUAUCGAGAAGUGGGCAAGGAGUGGUAUAGGUAUGAUGAUUAAUCGUAUUAAACACGAUAUAAAGGUAGAAGAGAGUAUUCGUAGAGACAAUAUUAAUAAGGAGCAUCAUAUUAUAAUGUUGGAUAAUAUCAUCUCUAGUAGCUCUAAAGGGAAUCCACUACUACCACCAUUGGUUAAGUCUGCCAAUACACCUCUAUCUUUUAUGAAGGAUUUAUCACUCAUAUCAUCAAUGGUUGAUAUCAAGCAACGAGGAGUGAUAGAUGAUAUAAUAAAUAGGAUAAGAUUACAACAGAGGGAACGUACAUCAUUAUCGAAGAAGGAUAUGUUGGGCAAGAAGACAAGUAUAAAGUCUGAUGGUAAGAUGACAGAAGAAGAUGAGCAACAACAACAACAACAACAAGAAGAAGAAGAAGAGCAAUAUGAUGAUGAUAAUAAUGAAGAAGAGCAGCAUUACAUAGAG